UUUUGUCAUUUUACAAAGGGAUGCAGCGGUCCCUAUCGUGGGGAGGAGUUGGGAUCUAGAAUUGUGGUUUUGUCACGUGUUCGCUGUAAGUCACCCCAUCCCUCCCCGCAUCUGAAAAAUGGGCGCGUGGGAAUCCUCCCGGAGGUCCCGGAGAGCACAGGUAGUUCGCAGCAGCGGAGGUUCCUGGGGCCGGGAGGUUACGAGGAGCGAGUCCAGAGUGCGGCCCCUCCCGCGAAGGCCCCGGAGCCAAUGAGAGCCGGCCCGCUCCCGUCGCCGCGCACCCCCGCCUCUCCGCUUGCUUAGCAACCGGCGAAGGUCAGGUAGCGAACGUGCGCUCCUCCUGUGCGGGCCGGGUGCACGCCUGCGCCCUUUGGGGGCGCGGGAGCCUGGCGGCGGCCAUGGCCCCCAACCACCUGUCAGUGCGGGAGAUGAGGGAAGAUGAGAAACCCUUGGUGCUGGAGAUGCUGAAGGCUGGUGUGAAGGACACAGAGAACCGUGUGGCCCUCCAUGCCCUAACACGGCCACCAGCCCUGCUCCUCCUGGCUGCAGCCAGCAGUGGUCUGCGCUUCGUCCUGGCCUCCUUCGCCCUGGCCCUCCUCCUGCCUGUGUUCCUGGCUGUGGCAGCCAUGAAGCUUGGCCUGCGGGCCCGAUGGGGCUCACUGCCUCCACCGGGCGGCCUGGGGGGCCCCUGGGUGGCAGUGCGCAGCUCGGGUGAUGUGUGUGGCGUCCUGGCCCUGGCCCCAGGGUCCAGUGCUGGGGAUGGGGCCCGGGUCACCCGCCUCUCUGUGUCUCGCUGGCACCGCCGCCGAGGUGUAGGCCGGCGGCUGCUGGCCUUUGCCGAAUCCCGGGCGCGAGCCUGGGCAGGAGGCAUGGGAGAGCCCCGGGCCAGGCUUGUGGUCCCUGUGGCGGUGGCAGCGUGGGGCGUGGCAGGGAUGCUGGAGGGCUGUGGCUACCAGGCUGAAGGGAGCUGGGGCUGCAUGGGCUACACACUUGUGCGGGAAUUCAGCAAGGACCUGUGAGGACUCUGGACCCUGGAGGAAGGGAGAGCACUUAAUGAGCAGCUACUGUGUGCGGGUUGAGUCCCCAGGCCUGCAUAAGGCAGGACACUCCACUGCAGGCUGACGGCUCUCUGUAGGCUUGAACUUUUCGCAGAGGUCAACCUGUCCAGCCCCCUGACCCGGAUUUUGUCUGCACUGAGAAGUCUCCUCUGUCCGUCUGCCAAGGUUGCACAAUUUAUGCUACAGGCCUGGGCGAGAUCAGUCGGGAGGAGGACAGGAGGCCCGCAAGUGUGCCCACCCCCAUGGGUUAGGACCUGCGGUCAGGGGCACCCCAAAUGGGGACGAGGCCCUCCUGGGAACGGGGAGGGGCUUGAUGUCUGCACAGAGGGGAUGAGCAGAGCCCUUACAGGGGAAGGGAGUCUGACCAGAGCAAGGCCCUGGCAAGGAUGGAGGGCACAGGGCUGCCCAUGCCAGGCCCCUCCCCAGAAGGUGAGCUGAGAGGGGCGCCAGCCAAACCCAUCUGGUUUUUUACACCCGAUUGUUAAUAAAGCCUGAAACUGCUGCA